AUGAAAGACGCCCCGUGUGAGGGUGAUGGGAGCAGCGAACGGUCACCGCACAACGGGUCGUACCACGGCUGCUUCCAGCUCCACGGAGGCUGCGAGGGCCGCGCAGGGCACAGCGGCGUCAACCAGCUGGGCGGCGUGUUCGUGGGCGGCCGGCCGCUGCCGGACUCGACGCGCCAGAAGAUCGUCGAGCUGGCGCACUCGGGGGCGCGGCCCUGCGACAUCUCGCGCAUCCUGCAGGUCUCCAACGGCUGCGUCUCCAAGAUCCUCGGCAGGUACUACGAGACGGGGUCGAUCCGGCCGCGCGCCAUCGGCGGCUCGAAGCCGCGCGUCGCCACGGCCGAGGUGGUCAGCAAGAUCUCGCAGUACAAGCGCGAGUGCCCGUCCAUCUUCGCCUGGGAGAUCCGCGACCGGCUGCUGCAGGAGGGCGUCUGCUCCAACGACAACAUCCCCAGCGUUUCGUCCAUAAACCGCGUGCUGCGCAACCUGGCCUCGCAGAAGGAGCAGCAGCAGCAGCAGCAGCAGCAGCAGCCGCCGCCGCCCCCGCAGGACGCCGUCUACGACAAGCUGCGAGUCCUCAACGGCCAGCCAGCCUGGCCGCGGCCGUCGCCCUCCCCCUGGUACCCAGCCGGGGGGUCGCCGUUCGCGCCCCUGCAGCCCAGCCCGGGGUGCGCCGUGCUGGCCGACCCGGACCUCGACCUCCACACCAAGAAGGGUAGGUCCGCCAACUGCGCCGCUGCACAAGCCCUUCACUAA